GCAGUUUUGGGUCAAGUACGGCGGCAGUGUGGUCAUGAACGCAAGCGAAGAAGAAUGGCGAGAGAUGCUGUACAACAGUGUCGAGUGUGAGCUGUGCAAUGAGCCUUACGGGGAGGCCGAAGAUCACACUCCCCGUCUCCUCAAUUGCGGGCACACGUUUUGCCACUCUUGUCUCAGUGGGUGGGCUAGCAGUGGUAGCAGCAGCAGUUCUGCUGAAAAUGGCAUCCAAUGUCCAAGCUGUCGCCGCGAAACUGUAAUUGCCCCCGAAGGACUGCCCAAGAAUUUCGAAGUGCUUCGCAUCCGCGACGAACUGGAGCAGUGGACGUCCGAGCGCCUGGCCGCGUUUCGUGUUCAAAGCGAGAAAGUGAUCGAGGAAAAGGAGAAAGCAGCGCUUGAAGCGGAAAGAGCAGCUCAAAUUGCCCAGCAGGAAGCGGAAAAGGCGGCAGAACAUGCGCAAGCGUUGCAGCGACAGGUUGCCAUCAGCACGAGGGAAAAGCAGGCGGCCAUUUCGGCGUCGGAGGCGGCCCACGCUCGCGCCAUCCAAGCGGUGGUUCGCGCGGAGGAACUUCAAAACGAGACGGAAGUCCUCAAGCGCCAAGUGGAAUGGGAUGCGGUGCAGCUACAACAAGUCAAGAAGGACGCGAGUAGCGCCGCCGCCAUUGCUGCGGACUUGCAAACCAAAGCGGACGCGUUGCAAGAGCAGGUACGCCGCCACCACAAAGCUCGUGAAUAUGAUAGUUUGCUGCAGGUCGAUCGCGUCAAGUCGCAGCUGUCGCUGCAUUCUGGCAAGCACGACCCUACUCGGAUGGUUGUGCUGGUGUGCGAGCCCAUCACGGUCGGGUCGUGGCUGCUGCCAUAUACUCGGUACACUGUGAUUUGCAUUGCCAACGAACACGGUGAGAUGGAUUCGAUGCGGGCGGCCAAGGAAUGGGCGGUUUGCAAGCCGAGCCACCAGCUCCCGUGCCUCCAGUCGGCCCAGCUGGCGUCGGUCAAGGUGUACCGACGGUACAGCGACUUUGUCUGGCUGCACCAAGCCUUGUGCGAUGCGUUUCCAGGGUUAUUUGUGCCGUUUUUGCCAGAAAAGCAUUUUUUCAAAAAUAAUGCCGACUUUGUCUCGGACCGCAUGCGGUCGCUCCAGGCGUUUCUACGCGAAGUGUUGCGCAGUCCAGACUUGAGUCGCAGCGAAGCGACGAGGUCGUUCCUGCUCUUGUCGACGGAAGAGCUCGAGAAGUUCAAAGCCAAGACGGAAAAACCCGUCGCCGACGUUGCUGUUCCGCUGCCGUCGCUCUCCAGGAGAUCGUCCUUGUCUUCGUCGUCGUCGUCGUGGUUGGCACCGGCGACCACGUCGUCGCAGUGGGCAUGGGGCGCCAUGUCCAAACUCACAUCGAAACUGGCGACCAAAGCCGGCCUCCACACGGUGGACGACACGCCCGUCGACAGCGAGCAAGCGUGGAUGCAUCUCCGGCGGAAAUCCUACCAGCAAUUGUGCGUGCUGUACCAAUCAGCGUCAGACAAGGGCGGCGUGGUGCUCAAGUUGGAGCGAAAGCAGGGCCGCGACUGGAGUAUCCUCGGUCAAGGCAUCGACCACAUGGCCCAGUUGGACGGCCGGCAGUCGGGCAUGGCGGCGGAAAUGAUGCGGUUUGGGGCCGCCCUGCGCGGGAUGCCCGACGUGGCCGAGCACGCCGUCCAAGAGACCCUUCGCAUGCACGUGCUGCACUUGGGCGCGAUCGAAGCCGCAUUUGUGCGCGUGGCGGCCAAGGAGGCGCUGGUGGCGCAGCUACAAGAGGAUGCGGCUGUGGGUCCAGAGCUGGACGCGAGUGCAAAACAAACGCUGGGGGACCGACUGCGGGACGAAUCGACCCGGUUGGAGGCGCAGCGGGCCAGUGUGGCGAGCCAGUUGAAGCAGCUGGAACCGCACCGGUCGCAGUUUGUGGCCAAGAGUGUGGCCCAGAGUUGCGCCGAUUUGUACGAGUUGUCGACCGAGGCGCGCCAAGCGUGGCAAGCGCUGCGGGAUCGGUUGAGAAGUAUCGAAUGAACAAUAUAUAUUUAUCUGGUGUUUUUUUUUUCUUGUUUGUACGCGGCGUAUGAUGGCGCGACCUGCUGCGCGUACGUCUUCAUGGACGGCAAGUCGAAGCUCACGUUGCGAUUGCCAAAGCACAGGUCGUGGUGGUUUGGGUGCGUGGGCGGGUUCUUGGUGGGAUGUCGUCGAGUCUGUUGCUGCUUGGUCGUGGCAUGCGACGACGUGCAUGAGGACGUGGCCACGUCUGUGACGGCGUCGAUGAACGACUGAACAUCGCGCUCGACGUCUUCCACGAGCAGGAUCAAGUCGUCCACGCGGCUCUUCUCGGCAUGGAGCAAGCAUUUUUGCAG